GAGAGUGCGUGGCAAGACGUGUUACCCGCGGGCUCGGGGCCGCGCGUCCCGCUGCGGGUGGGGUCUCGGCCGGGGGCGGCGGGGCCGAACGGCGCCGGGGCGGGGCGGGGCGGGGCCGCCGCUCGGCGGGCGCGGAGGGGCGGGAGGAGCGGGAGCGGCGGCGCCUCCCGCCGCGGCGGGGAGCUGGUGGGCAGCCCGGGCGCGGGGCGAUGGCCCCGGCAGCGCAGCCCCGCGCCGAGCCGCCCGCGGGCAGCGGGAGCCGCGGGGCCGCCGAGCCGCGCCGCGCGAUGGAGUGAGGCGCCCGCCGAGGCGAUGGGAGCGCGGGGCGCCCUCCGGUACCUGGCGUGCGCCGCGCCGCUGCUGCUGCUGGCGCACGCCGCCUUCACCGAGGUCCCCGAGGAUGCGACCGUUCGGGAGGGAGACGACAUCGAGCUGCCCUGCGCCUUCCGCGCCAGCGGAGCCGCCUCGUACUCGCUGGAAAUCCAGUGGUGGUACCUGAAGGAGCCGCCGCGGGAGCUGGCGCGCGAGGUGGCCCCCGGCGGCCGCGGCAAGGUGACAAAUAAGGACGCAACGAAGAUCAGCACGGUCCGUGUCCAGGGUAAUGACAUCUCUCACCGGCUGCGGCUGUCGGGCGUGCGGCCACAGGACGAGGGCGUCUACGAGUGCCGUGUGUCAGACUAUGGUGACGCUGAGACGCAGGAGCACAGGGCGCAGGCGCUGCUGCGCGUCCUCGCCCGCUUCACGCCUCCUGAUGUGCAGGCGGCAGAGGCAGCCUCACACAUCCAGCGUGGCAUGGCCCCGCGGUGGCACGGCCCUGCUGCCCGCCCCACACCAGCCCUUGGCCCCGCCAAGCAACCAGACCUGGGCACCACCACCACCACAGCCAUCACCGCGGCCUCGGGCUCCCCGCCACCUGGGCAGGCAGCCAUCCUCCGCCAGCAGCACGGGGCAGGUACAGGACCCGUGUCCGCUGCAGACCCGCUACUCUGCACGUCCCUGCUCAUCCUGCACCGGCUCGUCCAACUGCUGCUGAACCACUGAGGACUGGCUCCCCCCCAGCAACCUGGUAAAACCAGAGCAGCCUGGGCGCGUGGCCCCCGCCUGACACACAGAGCCUGGCGGCAGCACGAGAUCCUAUGGGGGGGAAAGCGUGUGGUCGGGGCUGCCCCAGAACACAGAACCACAUAGGGAAUGCCUUUCCAUCCCAGCCUCUGGGUGAAGCCCUGCUCUGUGCAUGGCACUUAGCAUUUCUCUACUUCAAUGUAAUAUCUUUUCUUUUCUAAACUCUCCCUCUGGCUCCUCAUUUUGCACGAACUGUUGAGCAGUUACCUUCAUGACAAUAUGUAAAGACGCUGGGUCAAAGCCCGUCCCAAGAAAGGAAAUAUUUUUAGUAGAUUAUUGUGUUUAGGGUUUUUUGGAUUUCCUUUCUCUUUUUUAAUUAAAUUAUUUCUUUUAGAGGCAUUUUAAUUAAAAUGGUACAUCUUACCAUAAUUACUAUUCACUGUCAAUAAUAUUUAUUUUUAAAUGAAGAUUGGAAACAAGGUAAGACAUUUGUUUAUAAACUGUAUUGUAUAUUGCUGAAUAACAGAUGAAUAAAAAGAUUUUGAAAUAAAGUUUCCACAGCUGCAUGCGCCUUUCCCCAUGAAGGCGUCCCGGCUGUGGCUGCCGCCCACCCUCUCGCAGCACAGGUUGUGGAGGGAAGGCGCCUCACAAAAAAAAUAACAUGGAGAGUAGUUGUUAUUCACAAAGCCCAUGCGCUGAUGGACACAGGCUACAGCUACCUCUCCCUGCGGUGACCCCUGUUAUCACCGGGAGUUUCUGCGAGAUCAGACAGGCAGCGUGGAGCAUGUGAGGUAAGAUGCUUUGCUUUUCUCCAGGCUGCUUUGAAAAAAGAUGAAUCAAGCAGUGGAAAAUGAAAAUAAAGGGAAUCAACCCAGAACGUUGUUCCCUAGAGCUGGUCCCGCUAUUUGUGUAGUAUAUUCAGAGUUUUAAAUCGUUUAACAUAUUCAGGCUUUUAAAAUUACCCUUGUCUUACCGAGUGAGCUUUCCUCCAGUGAAGCAAAAGGCUUUAUUUCCAGUAAAUACACCAGUUAUUUUCUGUUCCAAAAUCCUGGGGUUUGAAGUGAGAGACCAGCAUGACUUGGUAAAGAAAUAGCCUCCUCCCACUGAAGUCAGUGAAGUGCUUUGAAAUUCCCUGUCCGACUGCUCCUUGUCCUUUGAUUUGCGUAGUGCUGUAGAAAGGACCUUAACUGGGAUUGGUGAAGUGCCUGCGGAGCACAAGCAGAAUGUGCCACUGCCUCUCCGCGUACCCAAGUCCUUGACAAGCAGGGUAGGGAGGGACUCGCUCCAGCUGUGGGAAUUGGCAUUCUCUAGGGCUGCCACUAAUGGGGACCCGUGCCACCCGCCCUCCCUGGGGCGUGCCCAGAACACCUCUGCAUUGCGCGUGUGCUAAAGGCCCACUGGUGCAGGGCAGACUCACUGCAGGGAUCCAGAAGUGAUGAAAUGUUGGUGAGGAUGUAGCAUCCCAUGGUCAGGGAAUAAUCCAUCAUCAUCCCACAACAAGCAGACCUGUUCUUCAGGAGAACUUGCAGGAGGGGUUGUUGCAGGCCUGGAAGGGCAUCAGAGCCCGAGAUGCUGAAGAGCCCAGUCCUUGGUUUCCAUGUGGGCACAGGAGGGCGAGUCUGUGAUAACCUGAGAGGAAAAGACAGGUGAAAAGCAAGUGUUGAACGUUGGGCCAUGUCUCACUUUAAUACCAGUGUUCGUGUCUGGGGAGCUGUUCCAGGGUGGUUCCCCUGGAACGCAGGGGUCUGUGACACCGCGAGAGCGCUCAUCCUCAUCCUUGCGGAAGGGAAACCUGCCUGACCUACAGGGCCUUUGGCGAGCUUAUCAUCCCUCUGCUUUUUCUCAAGGGCAGCGAGUAUUUUCUCAACUUCCUUCUAAUGGAGAAACCCCAAAUUUUUCCACAAGAGAAAGAAGAAAAUGUGGCUGAUGUUAUCUAAACAAGUAGCUGGUGCAAGGAGCAGUGGAGUCUGUCUAUCAGGGACACAGCCUCAGCCCUACCCCAGCAUGCUCCGCUGGCAGAGACCCUCUUUGCCCUGAUGCUCUGGUUUUACUGCUUAGAGAGCACGUUAUGUCCUGAAUCGCAUGCUGUGUGGUUUGCAGAAAGCAUGGGGGGAAAUACAGCAUUUGUGUUUGUCCUUCCCUCUGUGCUGUAGCCUGUGCCCCACACGGGGCCAUAGCAGCAACUAGAAGUUGGGCAUGCAGCGGCAGGAGUAGAAUUGGCAGGGUCUUUUCGACCUUAACAUUAAAGGUGACAAAUAUUAAAUCUGCAACUGAAAAUAACUUUUUUUUUAUCCUUUCCAAGAUCCGAAUCGUGUGCUGCAGCAAGAAUAACAAUUCCUCUAUUCCAGUUCUCGAUAAAGCCUCAGAACUGCGAAGCCGUAACCUGAGGACAGGAUGAGUGAUCUCUUCCAACAACAGCAGUUGGCAGCUUCUGUGCCCGGUGCAGCCCUGCCCCCACGGAGCUCAUCGCAGCACACUGAGUAACUUCAACAAGAGCAGAUCAUUGCCAGAACCCAGCUCCACUGUUACCUUUGCUAUUUCUGCCUUCAAAAACAUGUGGAAUGCGUCCUCCGGGUUUGGGGCCUUGGCUUCCAGCUUGUUUUGCAAGAUGCCCAGCCUGCGCUUGGCCCCGUAUUGGCAUAGAGCAGGGGAAAUAACCGACUUCAGAGGAGGCUGCAGCGCUUGGGACAGCAUUUGAGGCUUUAGGAAUCGCUUAAAGGAAUGGGAAACACUUUGAUGAAAAACGUAAAGCAUUUGGAGCUCUAUCAAGUGUGAGCGCAUUACGGACUGUUGCUAAGCUUGCUGUCCUGUGAGCACGCUCGCUGUCCUUCAAAAGGCAGCUGAGGUACCCAAGGGCAGGGGUGGGUUUGCUCUGCUCACAGAGGCUGUUGGCAAACCGUGCUUUUUCACGGAUCUCGCCUCCUUCAUGGUGGGCACAGUCAGAGCCAAUCAGGAGUAAGUGCUUUGACCACAGCGCUGGGGUAGAGGUGUGGGGAGCCAGUCCUGGGCACAGCACUGUUAGCGGCUCCUCACAGGGAGCAUGAGCGGGGUGUGUGUGUGUGUGUGUGUGUCCAUCCUACGCAAAUGGAUUUACAACAGCGCAACAGAACCGACGCUGAAGACAGGCAUAUGCAAAAAUACACGGAGCAAAAGCAGUUUUACAGCACACAGUGACCUUCAACGUGCAAGGGAACAGCAGAAUUACCUGGUUCCUGGUACCCUCCUGGCAAGCCUCCCAAGGGCAAUGGGGUGUGCGGUCCCGACCCCAUCUCCACGCGUGGUGAGAGGGCAGAGACCCUGCGCUGAGCGAGCAGCUUCACACUGUGGGGGAGAACACGAAAGGCUGAACACGGCAUUUUUCAUUUCCCACAUAAAACAUUCUUGGCCCUCGUCUGGCUUGGAAUUAGUAAGCAAGUAAAUAAUGUGUUUCCAGAGUUGUGUGUCAGACAGGCUGGGUAAUGGAUGAGCUGCGGGCAGAACUGCACACGAAAUUUCAUGCUUAGCCAGAGGCCAGUAAAGUUCACUUAUUCAUUAUCCCAGACUCGGGGCUGUUAUUAUUCCAGCUCCACUAGUACAUCUAUUUAAUAAGAAAGGAACAGAAAAUUGAUGGGAUCAAAAAUGUUAAAGUCUUAAUUAAUGCUUUUAGCAAAGAGUGAUUGGAGGGAGGGCACUUGUCAGAAUAUUAAUUUGUAGGAGUGAGCGGCUGCCUGGCUGUGCAGGGAAGGGCUCUCCCAGCUGUGCUGAGGGAGCUGGGGGCCGUGGGGGCCUGCUGUGCACCCAGGCGUUAACUGACCCUGGGAGAGCAAAAACCAGCACACAAAUACUUACAUAUGCAAAUUAAUGCUGAUUUAGGGAGAAAAAAAAGCAUUCAUAUGGUAAAAUAUUUGUUUACAACAGAGGAAGCCACAAGUCACAGCUCCAUGGAUCCAAAUGGAAGGAGAUUGUGCUGAGAGUGAAUGGGGCCCUUGUUUGCUGGUUGCAGCUUCGGUUCCCUGCUAUUGUUAUCAUUUCUUAAAUCUCAUCUGGAAAAAAUAUCUGUAGUU